AAUACCACCGGAAUAUGAACACUGACUGAACGGUGUUGGCUAUUAUCAAAAUUACCGUGUUCUGACCACUUUAAUGUAGAUGUGUUGAAAACUUAUCGGCCUUUUCAGUUUUGUUAAUGUUACACGACGGUCUUUGCUAUCUGACAGGACAAUGGUACAAAUAGUUAUACGAGGCAGUGUGGAUGGCAGCAGUCCACCAGAAUGGAUGCUGGUGGAGCUGCAGGGAGAGAUGGUUUCCAGACAUAACUCUGGUCUGGCAGGAAAUAUGAUGGGAGACCUGCUCUACACCAAAGAGGGGGUGCCCGUGCUGAUUGUAGGACAUCAUAUUCUGUACGGGAAGCAGGUCAAACUGGAGAAACCCUUCGCUGUCCUCACCAAGCAUUCAGGCCAUUCGCAGGAUUGUCUGGGCAGCCAUGACAAUGACAAUAACAACGAUGAUGUCACACAGGUACCCAUGGAAACGAACCAGCAAGGACCCACCUCCACCUCUUACUCUGUGUCUGCCCUCAUCAAACGGAAGCUGAUCUUUAAGACGCGCCCUAAACCCAUCAUCACUAAUGUACCCAAGAAGGUGUAGCGUGACUGCAUUUCCUCACUGGGUGUUUUUUUGGGGGGGGGGGGGUUUAAGCGAGUAUACUUGAGUUAGUGUCAUCCAACUCUGAUAUGAUGUAGUUUGAUUAUACAUUUGUUGUACAAUUGAUCAAUACUACACCUCUUAUUGAUCAAUACUGUCUUUAACCUGAACGGAUUCCAACAAGACUUUAAUGAGGCUCCCUGCACGUAUGAAUAAAUGUUGUAUUGUUUUCCUGACAUUCAUAGAAAAUGUUUAAAGCCACAUGAUGGUCUAAAUGCUGCAAAGGCUUUUGCACACUGAAAGGAAUAGAAUACUGCAUAAUUGUAUUUUCUGUGAAAAAACAAAAUGAAAGAUCAAAAAUCAGCAGCUUCAAUCCAUAAGUAUCCAAACUAGGGACACACAGGCAACAUUUUCACCAGAUGGCAACAUUAUAAUUUAUUGUGACUGGAACGGACAUCUCCACUGCAUUGCACAUCAUGACAGAAUGUGUGCAGUUCCCAAAUACUGUGAAUCCACUUUAACUUAAUAACCUUUGGUCAUUGUUUUCAGAUAAACUGCAAGGUAAUGGCUGAAAUGUUUACUCUUACUGUUCAAUAAUUACUUUAUGAUUCCAGGAGAUAUCUUGUGAUGAAUAGUUUUCAUUUAAUAUCAGUGAACCUGCUCUAUUUACCCACCAAGUCUACUUCUACUUCGGUUAGCUUUUUGUAUUUCCCAGAAUGAAUUUGUCCUAAUUGAAUUUAAUUCAUGUCAGUUUUAUAGGAAAAAUAAUCUAAUUAAAUUGUUAUUUUCAUUUUAUGUGGUGCAAGGCGAGCUGAGUACAACAGUGGAAUAAGAAUGGGACAAGACACUGUCUUGAGCAUUUAAGUGUGCGUUCACACAACAGCAGGUACUAGACAAGUUUCAUGUCGGAAAAAUGCCAACACACUUAAUACAAUACACUUAACCCUCACUGGAUGUGCACUUUUCCUAAUACUGUCUUGAAGCGGUAUUCCUUCCGAACUAAAUGUAUCCCACAAUUCGGUCUUCUGCGCUGUUGGUGGUAAUGCUCCUAUAAGCUGUUUUUGUGACCGACAAUAAUCUGUAGACGUGAAGAAGUAUAAGUUUAUCACAUGCUGGAUUCAGCAUGAAUAUUAUUAUUAAUUUCCAAAGACUACAAAGUUAUGGCAGAACCUCCACAACCUCCAUUUUUAUCAGCCCGAAGCCAUUCAUUCACUCGAUGUUAGUUACCAGAAAUAUGUUAAAGAAGUAGGCACUUGACUACUCGCAAAUACCGCAGUGUGGGUAUUGGGACGGACUUAAGGUUUCAAUGACUGUAAGUCUGGAAAAUACAGUUUAAAUUUAAAAAAUCUAAGUGGACAGAUUAACAUUAUGUACAUCAAUAAAUGUAAUUUGUUGCCUAA